AUGCCUUGGAUGGAUGCUUUAUGGCCCCCCACCCCCCCCACCAAAUUCAGGCUCGACUACUUGGGGAAAUGCCACAUCUUCUACGUUCCUCUGCUUGUGACCAGCGAUCCCCUGGAAACUUUCUACACCCCCAUCGGAGCUCUGACUCUAAACCCCAGUCCCUGUCCGGAGCAGGUCACGGACGUGUGCAAGACUUCAGAGGAGUCUCACUUGGAAACACAAGUUGAGAAGCCGUACAACUCCACGGCCUCCAGAGAGCUGAAGAUGAUGGAGCUGCCGGCUAAUCAGGAUAUCCAAAUCGUCCUUCCUACCACCACAGAGCUGACCGUUCACCCAGGUUCCCCGCUGGAGAUCCAGUGUGUGGCCUUCUUUGGGACCAACUUCAAAAGUCCCUGUGAAGUUCGCUGGGAGAAGAACAACCACAGUAUAUCUGGGAUGGAGGGUUACCAGCAGACCUUCUUCAGGGAGACAGUGGAGUCAUCCAAGAAGAGCUUUUGCUCCUCCACCCUUACUAUUGAGAAGGUCCAGGGGUCCGACCUCCAAACCUCCUUCAGGUGUAGGGCCUCCAACCACAGAGAAACCAGAUUCCACACUCUCAGCCUCAAGCUUGCAGAAUCGAGGAGCUACCUUGUGGUUGCGGUGGUGUGUGUCAGCAUUGUGUUCCUGUUAGCCGCCCUCACCAUCAAAUACUUCUUUAUGGACCUGGUUCUGUUUGGCAGAAGGUUCCUGAAAUGCUGCAAGGCCAGCAGCGAUGGGUUGCUGUACGACAUCUACGUGGUGUACCACUCUCAGGAGAAGAGUGAGGGGAUCCUGAACCGCUUCCUCUCCCAGGCCCUGCCCCACGUCCUGGAGCAGAAGUGUGGCUACAGGGUCUUCACCCAUAGCCCUAACGACACACCCAGAGCAGACCGGUUGGAGGUGGUGAAGGAGUACGUGAGGCUGUGCAGGAGGCUGAUGGUGGUGCUCCCUCCGGGGUUAGAGAUCCAUGAGACCCUGGGCUCUUCCCCCAGCAGCCCUGUAGGGGAUGAUGUUGAGUGGCAGGUUGGGCUCCACGAGGCCUUGGCCCAGGAUACGAGAGUGAUCCUGGUCCAGCUGGGUGAGGUGGGACCCCAGGGCUACACCCAUCUCUCCCCCACCCUGCAGAACUUUAUCCACAAACGUUCCCCCCUCUGCUGGUUGGAGGACUCACCAGGCGCCGCAGACUGGAACUCACGUUUCUGGAAGAGGGUGCGCUACGAGAUGCCCGUCGUGUCCGCCAAACCCUCUUCUCUUUCUGUUUUGUGAGAGGUUCUUGGGUAAUGCAGUUUACCAUGAUGUUAAUAAUGUUGAGUAUCAGUAUCACUAUUAAUUAUUCAAACCGAAAACUGGAGAACGCAGACACAGGAGAUUUAAUGAAGAAAGCCCUGAUUUAUUAAUAAACGGGGAGGCAGGAAGAUGGGUAGGGUUCUUCAAUGGAGGGCAUUCAUAACAUAGGUCAGUAAGAACAUCAAAAAGUUUCAAGAAAAACCAUGGAGACGUAGGCCUAUUUAAAUUCCAAACGAUGCGCAACCAUUUGCUCACUUGGUUUACAGAGGUCUAGAGUCACAAGUGAGCAAGUGAUUUAAAAAAAAAUUAUAGGCCAACGUAUUUAACGAGGAACCAGUGAUUAAAUUGAGGAACUGAAAAUCCCUGCUCACUGGUCGGAAAUGUUACAUACGAUUGGUGUUAUACAACUGUUUAAGCGACCUUGAGUGUGAUAAAGGUGCUGUAUAAA